CACACACACACACAUCACUCAGGGAAGAAACACCAGCCUCUUUCAAUCUUUGUGUCUGUCUCUCACAUACUUGCUCCCAAAGAUUUUCUGUCCAACUCACUGCUGACCAGAAAGUCAUAGAAAAUAAGUGAGGGUCCAGCUGAAGUAUCUGUGCUGAUAUAGAACGGAGAAGAGAGAAGUAGAGGACAGCGGAGGGGAGAAGAACGGAGCAGAGAAGAGGAGUAGGGACGACAAAUAACUUCGGAGGAGGAAGGAGAGGGCAUUGUGGACAUCUCUAGCACAGAGAAUAGAGGAAGGAGAUGAUGAAGACGAUGCUCUGUGUGUUGUGCUGCGUGUGCGUGGCUCAGGCUGAGAUAGGAACUGUCACCCCUGGAGCAUUCCUCUGCAUGGGCAAUAGCAUCACACGCAUUCCCGCGCACAUCCCUGAGACAACCACCGACCUGGAGUUGAAACAGACCCACAUAAGAGUGUUUCCCCCGGAUGCCUUCCGCAGCUUUAAGCAGCUCACCACCAUUGUUCUAACAGAGAAUAAUAUGUUAAAGGACAUUGGGGCGUUUGUUUUUGCCAACCUUCCCAGGCUCACUGAGAUAACAAUCACCAAGUCUAAACAUCUGGUCAUCAUCAAUCAGCAUGCUUUCAUGGGACUACCCAGACUAAAAUACCUGACGAUCUCCAACACCGGACUGAGGUUUCUACCUAACUUCUCCCAUAUCCACUCCACUGUCCCAAGAUUUCUGCUGGACCUACAGGACAAUAUUCACAUAAAAAGCAUCCCAAGCAACGCUUUCCGUGGCCUCACCAUUGAUACAAUAGAUGAACUACGACUGAAUCAGAAUGGCCUGAGGCAGGUGGAAAGUCAUGCCUUUAAUGGAACCAAGAUACACAAACUGUUUCUCAUGGGGAAUCUGCAGCUUUCUCAUAUCCAUGACAAUGCCUUUGUUGGAGCUGAAGGGCCUGGCUUUCUAGACAUCUCUCGUACUGCUGUGAGCUCCCUGCCGGAGUCAGUGCUGGGUGAACUGGAGCAUCUGCUGGCUGUCUCCGUGUUGUCUCUCAGAGUUCUGCCUCAACUGUCCCUGUUCACCAAGCUACGCCAGGCUAACCUCACCUACGCAUCUCACUGCUGUGCCUUCAAAAACCAACAGAGGAACAAGUACAUACACAAACACACUACAAAUAGUUCACCAUGCAAGAUAUCUGUGUAUAGUAUCCUAAUGAGAGUGUGUGUGUGUGUGUCCGUGUGUGUGUGUCUGUCUGUCUGUCUCAGGACUCGCCGGAUAAGCUCUGCAUGCUUUAAACCUGAGGCUGAAAAUGAGCAACACUUUUUUCUGGACUUCUGCUUAAACUGGACCACCGUGGCCUGUAGUCCCCUCCCAGAUGCCUUUAACCCCUGUGAGGACAUCAUGGGCUCCACGCUGUUACGCGUCCUCAUCUGGAUCAUCUCUGUGCUUGCGUUGCUUGGCAACACCGUAGUGCUGCUUGUGUUGCUCUGCAGCCGAGCGAAGAUGACAGUGCCACGCUUCCUGAUGUGUCAUCUGUCAUUUGCUGAUCUGUGUAUGGGCGUGUACCUGAUGGUCAUAGCAACAGUGGACAUACGUACGAGAGGACAGUACUACAAUCACGCCAUCAGCUGGCAGACCGGGGUGGGCUGUGAAAUCUCUGGAUUCUUCACUGUGUUUUCCAGUGAGCUGUCUGUCUUCACCCUGACGGCCAUCACCCUGGAGCGCUGUCACACUAUCACACACGCCCUACGGCUGGACCGUAAACUCCGCCUCCGACACGCCUGUGUUGUCAUGGCUACCGGCUGGGCCUUCUCCUUUGUUGCAGCUCUGCUACCCAUCAUAGGGGUCAGCAGCUACAGCAAGGUCAGUAUCUGCCUUCCCAUGGAUGUGGAGCGGCUGCCCUCCCAGCUGUAUGUCUUGUCACUCCUGCUGCUGAACGUCGUGGCCUUCCUGUGCGUGUGUGUGUGCUACUUCGGCAUCUACCUGUCGGUCCACAGUCCCUCUUCGCCUCCAGCCAGUGCCGAAACGCGCAUGGCUCAGCGGAUGGCCAUCCUCAUCUUCACUAACUUCUUGUGUAUGGCACCGAUCUCUUUCUUCGCCCUCUCUGCCGCGAUCAAACAUCCCUUCAUCACUGUAUCCGGCUCCAAGCUGCUACUGGUUCUUUUCUACCCAAUCAACUCAUGCGCCGACCCCUUCCUGUACGGAUUCUGCACUCAGACAUUCCGCCGGGACUUCUUCCUUCUGGCGGCACGAUACGGCCUGUUUGCCACCAAAGCGCAGAUCUAUAGGACAGAUAGUUUCUCCGUUCAGCAGGCAGCAUGGAUUCAAAUGUCACCUAAGACCUACCAUGGGACAUUGUGUUCAGUGGUUCACAUCAGCCAUGCGCCCUUACCCUAACUCUUGACCUUUAUCAUCUCAUACUCUAAACCAAAGGCCAGGCUUAAGACACUGUGUUGGCUGGUACAAGCAACGACUGUUCUCUGUGUGGGACAGAACCCUAUUGCUUCAGAGUACACACACACACAAAAAUACGUAGACAGGAUGACAGUGUGUAUAGUACUGGGUGAUCUUCAGUCAUUGCAGGUGGUUGUACAGCACUUUUGUCUGCAAUUUAUUCCACAAAUUCAGCUGAUCACGUACCUUACUGAACCACCAUUCUGACUUCUCUCUGUCUUUGCGCUCCCCUUCUCGGUAAUCUAGCGUACAGUUUUUAAAGAUACAUAACAAUGUUUCUGUUGUUGUGUUUGUUGGUAUCCAUGAGCUGGGGGGGUUGAUUAGUCUCACCUGAGAUUACGAUGUCUCAGUGGUUGCCUUUGCACUUAUGACCAUGAGGAGAAAAAAAGAAAAUGAUGAGAAGAGAACAAAUCUGUGUUUCGCUGCGGGUGUAAACACAGCCAUAGUGAUUUGUUUUGAGGCCUUUGUCCCUAGAAUUAGAAAAUGUUUGAUAGCAGUGCCGCAGUGGUAGUUUCUGUGUGUGCUCUUUCUUUCAUUUCUCCAUCCUAUUCAUUUCUCACAUUGGAUUAUUUUUCAUUUUGCAGCUUAUCCAGAGCAUCUUGAAAGUGAAUACAUUUCCAUACCUUUUAAACACUGGCCCCCCCAUGGGAAUGAUCCCCCGCAAUCCUGGCCUGAUACAUGAAAAAUAACUUGCAGAAUUUGCAGUUAAUUGACAUUGUUUGUAAUUCAGUAGAAUUACUGGAAUGGAGGUUUGACACCUACUUCAGGGACAAAGACCAUAAAAAUAUUACUGUGAGACAUUGUAUUCCUGUCAGACCAACAGAUAAAAUGAAAGCAUUUGACUUGCUUUAAGUUUUUGAGGUGCACUUGGGCUUCAUUCAGCUUAAAAAGUUGGAAUUUUUGACAAUAUUCAAAUGUAUUUAACAUUUUAAAACAAAACAAAUGCAGACGUAUUAACAUUAUCAUCAAAGGUUUAUUUCUGGCCUGGUUUUCUCAUGAAACA